AUGCACCUCUCCCAACUUUGGUGGAAACAAAUCAUCCCCAUUAUAUCAAUGCACAGAGGCAGCAGUAUGUUCAUAUUUAUCUGUGUGAUGCACCAUUUCCAUACCACAUUAGGGCACCACUCUCUGCACACCGAUAGAGCUGCUCUACUAGCAUUCAAGAACUCCAUAACAUCCGACCCACAUUCAAGGCUCGCCAACUGGGACGAGCUCACGGCCGUCUGCAACUUCACGGGCGUGCAAUGCGGCCUCAUGCAGCGCCGUGUGGUGUACCUCAACCUCAACGCCUCUGGCCUCGUGGGAUCUCUACCCCCUGUCGUGUCAAAUCUCACCCAGCUGCGCUACCUCCACCUUGACGACAACAACUUCAUCGGCCCCAUCCCUUGGGAGAUUUCCUCAAUCAGGAACCUCGUAGAGCUCAAACUCGGUAGCAACAACCUGCAAGGCCAAAUCCCAGUCUCCUUCUCUCUGCUCUCCAAACUCAAGCUCAUCCACCUCUACAACAACAGCUUGACCGGGACCAUACCAGCAGCGCUCUUCGCCAACUGCACCGGCCUCAAAAACAUAGAUUUCUCCAUGAAUCAGCUCACCGGAAGAAUCCCAUUUGAAAUCGGAAACUGCCCGGAUUUGUGGACUGUCAGCUUGUACAGCAACCAGCUAGUGGGCGAGAUCCCUUCCUCAUUAGGCAAUGCCACAGGCAUGAUGAGUUUGGAUGUCGAAAACAACAGCAUUUCCGGCCAACUCCCUGCAGACAUCAUCUCUCGCUUCGUCGAUCUAAGCUAUCUCCAUCUAUCAGAUAAUCACAUGACCAGCCACGACCGAAACACCAAUCUAGAGCCGUUCUUUGCUGCGCUGGCCAACUGCAGCGAGCUGGAGGAGCUGGAACUGGCCGGCUUGGGACUCGGAGGAGUUCUCCCGAGUUCCAUAGGAAGACUCAGUGCAAAAAUGACAACAUUUCAACUACAAGAAAACAAGAUAUACGGUUCCAUUCCUUCUCAACUUUGGAACUUGUCCCAGUUAACACUAGUCAACUUAACAUCCAACUAUCUUAGUGGCAAGAUUUCACCUGAAAUAGGCAACUUAUCCAGAUUGGAACAGCUCUCUCUGUCCUACAACUUCUUCACCGAAAUCCCAGCUGCUUUAGGAGAGCUAUCCUCCCUCGGCUUGAUCGAUCUGUCUCACAACAAUUUGUCCGGUCCGAUACCCAAAGACAUCGGGAAUCUUGCUGGCCUGAACUUCCUAUUCCUCAACAACAACCUUCUGUCAGGGCAGAUACCUUACACCAUAGGUGGAUGCACCGCUCUGCAAAAGCUGGACCUCUCCCACAACUUUUUGACAGGAAGAGUGCCUCCAAACAUAACCAAUCUGCAGGAAAUGCGGUGGUUUCUCAACCUCUCGCACAACCAGCUUGACGGGCCUUUGCCAGUCGAGCUGAGCAAGCUGGAGAAGGUGGAAGAGAUCGACCUCUCCUGCAACAGAUUCACCGGAACCAUCUCCAGCCUCAUCUCCAGCUGCUAUGCGCUCAAGUUGGUAAAUUUCUCAAAUAAUGCCAUUCGAGGAGCUCUGCCAGAGACAUUAGGCAAUCUCAAGAGCAUCGUAGCCAUGGAUUUUUCCAACAACAAACUGUAUGGACGGAUUCCGGCGAGCUUGAACAAGAGCAAGACGCUUACUUUCCUCGAUCUUUCCAACAACAGUUUCGAAGGAAUGAUCCCCACCGGCGGCGUUUUUCUGAAUAUUACGAAAUCAUCUUUCUUAAACAACCCGAAGCUCUGUGGUUCCGUUCUUGGCAUUCCACAUUGCAAGCACAAACACUACUAUUUCCGGUCAAGAACUUUCUUGAUCAUAUUCUGCAUAAUCAUAUUUGUCUCCGGAUUCCUCUCAACAAUCUGCUGCGUGAUCGGGUGCCAGCGGUUGAGAGGCAGACGGUCAAGAAAAGAGAGGAAACAGCCGCUGGAACCGACACAGAACUUCCCAAGAAUUACGUAUAAAGAGCUCGUCGAGGCCACCGCCGGAUUCGACAAUCAGAGGCUGGUGGGAUCCGGCAGCUACGGCCACGUUUACAGAGGAACUCUGCCGGAUGGGACGCAAACCGCCAUCAAAGUUCUGCAGCUGCAAACAGGCAACUCCACCAAGAGUUUCAACAGAGAAUGCCAGAUUUUGAAGAGGAUUCGCCACCGGAAUCUGAUACGGAUCAUCACCGCCUGCAGCCGGCCGGAGUUCAAGGCGCUCGUCCUGCCUUACAUGGCCAACGGAAGCUUAGACGCCCGCCUCUACCCGCACGCACACAACGGGCUCCGGACAGGCUCCUCGGACCUCACCCUGCUCCAGAGGGUCAACAUUUGUAGCGACAUUGCAGAAGGGAUGGCUUAUUUGCACCACCACUCUCCGGUUAAGGUCAUACACUGUGAUCUCAAGCCCAGCAACGUUCUCCUCAAUGACGACAUGACGGCCCUCGUCUCCGAUUUCGGGAUAUCGAGGCUCGUUAUGACCGUUGAAGGCGGGAUGGUCGACAACUCCACUGCAAACAUGAUGUGUGGAUCCAUUGGUUACAUUGCACCAGCUUUCAAGAGUAUGGUUUGGGGUCGGAUACGUCAACAAAGGGAGACGUGUACAGCUUCGGAGUGGUGGUGCUGGAGAUGGUGACGAGAAAGAGGCCGACUGAUGAGAUGUUUGUGGGAGGGGUGAGCCUGCACAGAUACGUCAAGAAUCAGCCGAUGGAGAAGGUGGUGGACCAUUCUCUGCUUAGAGCGUUGAGGGAUCAAUCGCCUCCGGUGAUGCGGAUGUGGGAGGUUGCUAUCGGAGAGCUCAUCGAGUUGGGGCUCGUCUGCACGAACGGCUCGCCUGCUCUGCGCCCCACAAUGCUCGACUGUGCGGACGACUUGGAUCGCCUCAAGAGCUACCUUAGUGGCGACACCACUGCCACAUUCUCAUCCUCCCUUGGGAUAUCAUCUUCAACCUUCAGUGAUUGUUAGUUUCUUCUCUUGCAUUUUACCUUUUCAUUGUAUUACACCAACACCAACAAAGUAAAUUGAAGCUCUAUGCAUCUCCACCUUCCAACCACUCGAGGUGCUUUUUAUUCA